CCCGGCCCAGACGCAGAUCCCACAGUGCCCGCCAAAAGUCGGUUACCCUCUCUUCACUCCGGAUUUACAGCUCAGGUCUGGCAAAACGUGGUGGUGUUCCGAAUGUGUCACUAGACUCGGCGGCGAUAAUUCGAAAGGAAAACAGCAAUAAACCCCGAAUGCCGAAUGCCCUGCUCGUCUGGCGAGGCACGGCACUCGUAAAACAAUCAAACGCCUGGCGAGUCGCGGCUCUUAACCAGUUCGCAAUCAUUUAUCACUCCGCGCCUUUGGAGCUGAAGCGCAGGGCACUCGACGAGACACGGCUGUUUGGCUUACUUUGUCAUCAUCAUCAUCAUCAUCAUCGUCGACUUGGCGAACUCGAGAAUCAGCUGUUGGCGAACGAACCGAAAGCGUAGCGUUUUGCACAUCAACAUUCGCGCUCUUAAGCGGAGCGGAGCGUCGAGCGUUUCGAAAUCAGUUUCAGUACCACUUUGUCCGUUCGCGAUUGCGUGCUCCGUACCGUAGUCUUCUCUCCGGCGGAACAGCACCGCCACCAACGCCACCGCCAUCAGCUGCUCGGAUCCGGACAAAAGAAGAAGAACGUGCCGAACCAAAGUGUCCAAGUGGGUACAGUGUGGUUACAAGCGGGCACCGACCCACCAUUAGGGCAUGGUCAUCGGUUUGGGACACGUGGAAAUCCCCCUCAUAUGUACACAUAUACAUACAUAUUACAUAUGUACAUAUGUAAAUAUGUAUGCGCGGUUGAAAGUCAAUUUCCGUUGCCAGCCAAUUCGGGAAGUUAUUUGUGGUGAUUCGGAAGCGCUGCAUUGCCAGCUGCACUGAGCGAAAUAACUAAUACAAAAGCGAUUUUAGAAUGAUCGAAAUGGUGUUAAAGUCGAAAGUGACCAAUAAAAAGGUCAAGUGCGUGGAGAAGUGAUUAGUAAAUCAGCGACAUUCGUAGCGAGCUACAAAGACAGAAAGAAGUAAGAACCGCUUUCGAAUAUCAGUUUUAAGCAACCACGACUGCCCCGAAGGAAUAGAGUGUUAUAUCCAGCCAGCAACUAAACGGCACCACCGAUCAGUCCGUCGCACCACCUGUUCCAGCUGCGAGUAGCACCACUUUCCAGCACCCACCCACUAGAUGGACCUGAAGCACAGUGCGGGUGGAGCUGGCGAGAACAGCGAGACCUUCAUUGCCACCAGCAAGUCCACAGACAUGAUCACGCCCAAGGAGAAGGAGGGCAAGGGGCUGAAGGUGGCGGGUGGCCAUAACCCCCCAGCCGAAGGCUACAAAGUCUACGCCCGACGCUGGGCGGUGCUCAUCCUCUUUGUGUUCUACUCAUCCUCGAAUGCCAUGCAGUGGAUACAAUACACCAUCAUCAACAACAUAAUAACCCGCUACUAUGGCAUCAGCGACAAGUGGGUGGACUGGACGUCCAUGAUUUAUAUGAUCCUGUACAUACCGCUCAUAUUCCCAGGCAGUUGGUUUUUGGAUAAAGUGGGUCUUCGCAUCACCGCUCUAGUUGGAAUCGUCGGCACUUGUGUGGGUGCCUGGAUCAAGGUCUUCUCGGUGGACCCGUCGCUCUUCUACGUCAGCUUCAUUGGCCAGUCGAUCGUUGCCCUGGCCCAAGUGUGCAUCCUGUCGCUUCCCGCGCGCUUGGCUGCGGUAUGGUUCGGUCCGGACCAGGUGUCCUCGGCCACCAGCGUGGGAGUCUUUGGCAACCAGCUGGGCGUGGCCGUGGGCUUCGUGCUGCCACCCAUGCUGGUGCCCAAUUCACCGGAUCUCGAGACGGUGGGCAGUGAUCUGCAGAUGAUGUUCUAUUUGGUGGCCGGGCUCACCUCUAUCCUGCUCGUCCUGAUGGUGAUAUUUUUCCAGGACAAACCACCCACUCCGCCAUCCGCCGCCCAGGAGGCAGCCCAGCUCUUGGAAAGUUCCGAAGCGGAGCAAGUCAGCUUCAUGCAGUCGCUGAAGAACCUGAUGACCAACCGGAACUUCAUCUUCCUGCUCCUCUCGUACGGCAUCAAUGUGGGCGUCUUUUACGCCAUUUCCACGCUCCUCAAUCCGGUGGUGCUGAAGUAUUAUCCCGGCCACGAGGUGGACGCCGGACGUAUUGGGCUCAGCAUUGUGCUAGCCGGGAUGCUGGGCUCCGUGGUAUCGGGCAUUGUGCUGGAUAAGACGCACAAGUUCAAGGAAACGACGCUGGCGGUCUACGCGCUGUCCAUGGUGGGCAUGUGGAUCUUCACCUUCACCUUGGACACGGGGCACAUCGCGGUGGUCUACCUGACGGCCUCGCUGCUGGGCUUCUUUAUGACUGGUUACCUGCCGGUGGGCUUCGAGUUCGGCGCCGAGCUGACCUUCCCGGAGCCGGAGGGCACCUCCUCCGGACUGCUGAACGCCUCCGCGCAAACCUUCGGCAUAUGCUUUACGCUCUUCUACUCGGAGCUGUUCACCACGUUCGGCGACAUAGCCGCCAACAUAACCAUGGCCGUGAUGCUGAUUGUGGGCACCAUUAUCACGGCCAUCACCCAGUCGGAUCUGAGGCGCCAGAACGCCCAGGUGCCGGCCAGCGGACAGGCUGGCAAUCCAUAGGAAACUCAGGCCGGCACGGCGACCGUCUUUUAUGUAUAGUAUUCCACGCAUAUCGUUUUACUAUUUAAUUUAUUUAGUUGUUUACUGUACAUUCCGUUGUAGCCUUAAGUGUUGAAUUUUAAACUGUUCAUUAAAGGUGCAUAGCAACAUACACACGAACACGACACGCACACAACAUGCGAAUACAAACACGAACACGAAUAUGAAUAUGAGUAAGCUUAGGCAAUUAUUUUUUCAAUUUUAUAUUGGCCACCGAUUACGGUUUAGUGCUUAGGUUAGAUGAAUCCAAAUUCAGCAGCCCCGAGACUUGCAUCGAAAUUCAGCUUUAUCUUUGCGUUGCCACUGCACUGCAACACCAACUAACACAGGCAAGCCACACAGUACAGACAAGACAAGACAAGUCCUGACAAGACUAGUCAAGACAAGACAUGUUACGUAUAUGGAAAUAUGCCCAGUAUUAUAGCCCUAAUAUUCUAGCGAACGUUGACAGUUUGAUUGCUAAGCGGAGUAUCCAAAGCAGUUUGAGGCAGUGUAUCCGAAUCCAGCGAAUGCCGAAUUACCAAACAGUAGCUACGCUGCUCUCGCCUUCGAUUGAUGUUCCCCCCUCCUUCCGCCUUCUGCAACAGAGAGUGUACAUAAUUUAUAUACAUAUAUAAUUGCAUUCCAAACCCGAUCCACCGAGGGCGCUGCUACUGUUGUACAAAGCACAAGUAUAUCCUGCAUAUCUGGCAAACUGUAAUAUUUUGGAUGUUGAUUUACAACUAACAGCAGAUUCAAGUCAAAAUAUAUACAUACAUAUAUACCU